AUCCAAAAACACCAUAACAUCCAAUCACAAUCCACCACCCUUCUACCCCUCUCUCCUCUCUCCUCUGUUUAGAUCUCUGUCUCUCACUCCUUUCAAUAACAUUUUACUCCAACCCUCUUGCUAUAUUUUGUGCUUUCUUUUGCCUAGACUACUACUACUGCUACUCAUCAUCAUGCAUCAUAACUGAAAAAGAAAAGCACAAAUCUUUCCCCACUCAAGCCUUCACAAAGUCCCAAAAUCUUUGAAGUUUUCACUAUUUUCUCACUUGGGUCUGUUUCUAUUUUCAGCUUUUUAGUUGUCCUUGCACUCCUCCAGGCUCCUAUUUACACUCAUUAGUUCAAGAAUCUUCCUUCUUCUCUCUCCCCUUUUUCCUGAAUUGGAAGGAAUUUUAAGGAUUUGAAGCUCAUAUAAGUAAGAAAGAUUGUUUCUUUUUCACUUAUAAGCUCUCUUUAGCUCAAAUUUAGAAAUUUUCUUGAGGGGAGUUCAAGAAUUUAGAGCUCAAGUAAGUAAAAAAGAUUGUUCCUUUUUCACUUACAAGCUCUCUUUAGCUCAAAUUUAGAAAUAUUCUUGUGGGAUUUGAAGAAUUUGAGCUCAAGUAAGUAAAAAGAUUGUUCCUUUUCCACUUCCAAGCUCUCUUUAGCUCUUGUUUUAAACCCUUUUUCAUUCUACUAUAAUACCAAAGAAAGUUUAAUGGACUUGGAUAUUUUCACGGGUGUUUAGGGCUUUAUCAUUGUUUAAAAUAGUUAUUUGCUUGAUAAUAGUUUAAUCUCAUUAUAAUUAGGGAAAUCCUGUUUGAUUUUUUGGAAAGUUGGGUUCUUUUUAGAUUCCAAAUUGAGUGAAGAUGGCAAUAGUAAAAGGUGUAUUCUGAUUCUCACAAAAUGCUCCUUGAUAUAACAUUGAUGUUGCAGUUGUAAAAUUCUCCACCUCUUUUUUACAUCCCCUCAUUUUUUUUAAUCUAUGGAGAAGUAUGAAUUAUAGAGCAAAACUAGGCUUCUUUGUUGAAUAGCUAAAAAAUCAUUUUCUUGGAUGAGAUUUGGGAUGGAGAUUUUAUCACCAUUUUCAUAUUUUCCAAACUCAAGCUGGUUGCUUGAAGAAAGCAAGAGCACUAGAUGGACUCCAGAAGAGAACAAGUUGUUUGAGAAUGCUCUGGCUAGGUACGAUAAGGAUACUCCGGACCGGUGGCAGAAAGUUGCAGCCAUGGUUCCUGGGAAAACUGUGGCUGAUGUUAAAAGACAAUAUAAAGAGUUGGAAGAUGAUGUGAGUAGUAUUGAAGCAGGGUUGUUUCCAACUCCUGGUUAUAGUCAAUCACCUUUUACAUUAGAAUGGGGGAAUAGUACUAAUGGUUUCGAUGGAUUCAAGGCUUCAUUCGGUGGAAAAAGAUCUUGUGGAAAUAGACCAUCUGAUCAAGAAAGGAAGAAGGGUGUUCCGUGGACUGAAGAAGAGCAUAAGCUGUUUCUCUUGGGGCUCAAGAAGUAUGGGAAAGGGGACUGGAGAAACAUCUCGCGUAAUUAUGUGAUUACUAGAACACCGACUCAAGUUGCCAGCCAUGCUCAGAAGUACUUUAUCAGGCAACAUUCUGGUGGAAAAGAUAAAAGAAGAGCAAGCAUUCAUGAUAUAACCACAGUGAAUCUAAAUGAAAAUCAAACUCCAUCGCCAGACAACAAGAGAAUUUCUUCAAUGGACCAGUGUAACGCACUCUCUCAACACACAAAUUCCAGUGCCAUGUCCAGAACACCUUACCAGUGGAACCAGUCAAACAAUGGUGCUGCAGCCAUGGCUUUUAGCCAAACAAGUGGAAACAUGUUCAUGUCUCCAUAUGGGUUAAAUUCACAUGGAAUUAAAGUGGAGGACCAUAAUUUUCAGAGGGCAAAUAUACAUGAAUCUUACAUGGGGACUCAAGAUAUGGUUUUCCAGAUGCAGUCAGGGCUGCAUAAUCUCCAUGGAUGAAAUGUUGCUGCGACAACUCUCUCAAUGGCUCUGAAAGCCUUCUCUUUGAUGAGUCCGGUAGAGUAGAAUAGCUAUUUUUGUACCAUUUGGGGUGUUUCUUGUGAAUAUAUUAUCUUGGCACUUGAGAUAAUAGUUGCUUGAGGGAAUUGGUUCUAGUACUGCCUUGUAACUUCUAAAUGCAUAUAGGCAUAAGAUCAUUUUCUGUACGAGUACACUAUGAGAAUUAUCUGUAAAGAAGAUUCAAUCUUCAGAGCAAUUAACAAAUUGAACAUACUGUUGUAUGCUAGGAAAGUGGUUAUCUUAUAAUUUCUCAUAUUUGAUCA